AUGAUGCUGUUGUUUCCAGCGCCGGCCAAUCAGCUCCUCCCGUCUGCCUGGGGGGGGCAGCUCCUCCUCGCUCACUGUGGAACGUUCACCCUUCUGCUGGAACAUUGUCCUGUGAGGGGCCUGGCGAGGAGCCUCCCCCCCUCAGACGACCCGGCGGACGCCAUGGACCCGAGCGUCGGCGCCCUGGAGCUGUCGGGGGUCCUGAUCUGCGGGGGGGCCUGGCUGUGCUCGCUGGCCACCACCCUGGUGCCCACCUGGCUCACGCUCUCCACCGACCUGCUGCCCGCCGAGCGCUACCAGCUGGGCCUGUGGGGGACCUGCGUGGUCCAGGACCUCGGGGUGCUGGAGUGCCGGCCCUACAGCGGCCUGCUGGGCCUCCCCCCCGACGUCCGCCUGUGCCGGAUCCUCAUGUGCGCGGCGCUCGGCGCCGGGCUGCUCGCCCUCCUGCUGGCCGUCCCCGGCACGCGCCUGCUGACCGGCUGCCGCGGCCUCGGGCGGCGCCGGCGGGCCCUGAAGGCGGCGGGCGCGGCGCUGAGCGUGGCGGCGGGGGUCCUGGGGCUCGUCCCGGUGUCGCACGUGGCUCACCUGGCGGUGGCGCGGUACUUCGACCGGUCGGCGCCGGAGGCGGCGCCGCGCUGGGACAUCGGGGACGCCUUGUUCUGCGGCUGGACGGCGGCGGCCCUUCACCUGGCGGCGGGGGGGCUGCUGCUGGCUUCCUGUCGGGGGGACGUUUCGGGGACGUCCGUCAACCUGCGGAGGACGAGGACGCUACGAAGGACGCGGCGGGACGCGGCCCGAGACGUCAGGUCAAAUCACAAGUUCCAUUUGACAUCAGUUUGAGACAGAAUUCAAUGUUUAUAAAGAAUAUUUGUAAAAAGUUUUGUGGCUUUAAACAUGUGACACGCGAUGUUAAACAGGAGAAAGCUUUAAGCUCUUAUCUGAGUCUAUAAAUACCUUUAUUUUCCACUGGGGAGAAUCUCUGUUGCUUUCUGCUUAAUUUGUGCAGUUUGUGGACUAAUAAGUAAUAAAAUAUAUGACGGUAUUUGUUAUUUGAUGUAAAACAAGAUCCCACAUUGAAUGGUGGAUUAAAUGAUUCUAUGAAGCUGAAUAAAAACUCACCCAGAA